CGAGACCUUCAUCUUCCCAGACUGAACGACCAACCUUUCUCCGCCUAUAGGGACUGGUUUCCUUCGCCCUGCGAUGUUGGCGACGACUCCGACUUUAUUGCGACGGUCAGCAUUCGCUUCCGCGGCUUGAAUACUUCCCGCACGAUGUCGACAUGGGUGGCUCUGAAUAUCGAGCCCGACGAGGCGAUCGAGGAGGAGGUUGAUGAUACGAAAGAAAUCCAGAUCGAGGAAGCUCUCAAGCUAUACCAAAACGCACUAAAGCUUCAUUCCCAAGGAUCACAGUUCUAUGACCAAGCCCAGGACGCAUACGAAGCUCUCCUAAACUCCGAGAUAUUCAAAUACCCGGAGUCGAUUUCCGACUAUAAAAGAGUUGCGCUCCAGAAUUCAGAGAUUCAGUUCGGCGGGACGUCAAAUGAUAUAGCAGACGAGGAUACUGCUGUAGCGCUAGGCGAGUUCAACAUCAACGACUCGAUCUCGAGCACACUACAACAAACCAUCUACCUGUCGUACAAGAACCACGGACAAUACAUUCUCGAUGCCUUACGUGCUGCUCUGCAGGAAAUCCCAAAGCCGCCCGAAGAAGCGCACGAUCUUUCAUCCAAAGUUGCCGAGAGCACCAGCACGGCGCUGUCACAAUUCGCGGAGGCAUUAGAACGGGAUGAUACAGACCUCAAUCUUUGGAGACAAAGUGCAAGACUAUCCAGCGCUUUACAGAGCUACCGACUUGCACGAUUCUGUCUAGAAAGCGUCUUGGCCGAUGACGAUAAUCGUUUGGAAGUGCGGACACAACAGCUGGGGCUGGAGGAGACCUUCGCAGAACAAGGUCUCAGGGAAACGUUACAGUCGGUACAAGAUCGCUUGUCCGAGUCACUUGUUCCCAUUAAGAAGCCAAAGAAGGCUCUUAUCAAAUUCCUCAAGCAACAAAACGACCCAUACCCUUAUUUGCCUUCACUGCCAGAUAAAUUGGAAGAUGUAAGACCGUCGAGAAAUCCGCUUGCUUUCCGCCCAUCUCGUUAUGAAGCCAAAAUUGACGCCUUGACAUGGGUCGCUACUGGGAAAGCCAUUUUGUGCUUGCUCGGUACCGAUAAGAAAUCACCUGAACUUGGCCCAGGGACGUCGAUUGUCCUUUCUCUGCCGGCCAAUAGCCCGGAGUUGAAGGCGAACUCGACUACAGCACAGAGGCGACUAUCAAAGGCACAUUGUGAAGAUGAUCAGUCGCAAGAUAUGCAGAUGGCGGAUGAUGCGCAAAGUACGGGGGCGCGAUCGACCAACGGAGUCCAGGGGCGAGAGCAGACUGCGGAUCAUGGUGAUGAUCAAUCAUCGGUCGACCAACGCGCAGAGAAACAGUUGAUGGAAUCCCUUGAAGUACAAUCAUCGCAGCAUCAACAGGGUACAGAGCAACAGGAUGACAUCAAACCCGAAGAGGUCGAUGCAAAAUCUCCCGAGCACUCAAGCCGAAAACGUUCUUCUGCCUCUGCCAUCGCCGAAGAUCAAGCAGAACGCCUGAGGGUCAAAAGUAGAAGAACUCGCUUGCGGGAUUCGCUCGCGGAUACUUCAAAUCAUACGGACGAGGUAGUUUUUGAUCAAACCAAAUAUUAUGAAGACCUCCUAGACCCCUACGUCCAAGCCGACGAAGGAGUUUUUGGCACCGUCGGCCCGUUGUUGUCAAAGUUGGAAGUUGACGACUUGGGAACGUUGGAGGAGUUGAGGAAACAAGUGGCCUCGGCAAGCGAAAUAAAAGACUCCCCCGACACCCCAGCCAACCUUGCUAGUUCUGAUAAUGUGCUUUCUCAAGAUCUCAGGGAUAUUAUAAUUCACUGGGACGAUGGCAAAUCUCAAGUAAUGCAACAAAGCGACAGCUUGGCCGGGCUGCAGGACAUUCAAGGCAUGGGCAGAUCUGGCCUCGCUGUGUUCCUCGAACACUCAAAGAAACCAACCCAUAAAUUAAAGAUGAAGCAAGUCUUUACUGGGGAGGAUCAAUUGAUUGAUUUCAUUAAAGCUGUAAAUGAUGACAGCUUACAACUUCAUGAUGUUGUAUUUGAAUGGCUAGGAUGCAUUUUGAGACCGGACUACGGCAAUUUAACUGUCCAUGGCAAUACGAUACAAGACUGGUCAGUGGUCGAGUCGUCCUAUAUCGCUUACCAAUGGUCCGGCGAGCUCAAGGACACUGUGCUGCAGCUUUUAUCUUUCGAGGACGAGUUCAUCUACGGCAGGUUGGAGGAGCAAAUGAAAUUCCUCGAACGCCAAAUCCUUCAGUGCCAGCCAGGGGAAGUCUUUCAAUAUUAUGCGAGAUACUUCGCAGACUUAGAGAUGAUACAGGCUGUUUUCGAACUUCAUCUUGAUACAUAUGCGCCUAUGAGUACGCCAAAUAGUGAUACGGACGAACAAACGAGGAUCCUUCAACAAGAUCGCUUGACAAGAUGGUGUAUGCUAGCACGCACUGCAUUGACUCACUUCAUUGAUCACGCACCCGCGGAAGUUAACCGGGGGAAAAUAACCCUCCGCCAUAUUUGGGCGUCAACAUUCCAUUCGAAUAUGGCAGAAGAUGCGCAGCGGGAACAUAUUUUACUCUGUCUGCAAGAUCUUAAACUUUAUCUCAGCUCUCUCAAAGACUCAGUGCUGUCGCUCCCCAACAACUCUGUUAUGUUUGAACUGUCGUGUGAAGCAGUCGACCAGGAGAUUUCAAAGCUGAAUUCCAUGGACUUUUUCAUGAAGAUUUUCAAUCCAGAUUCUGAAGACACCCUUGGACUUAUUGAAACAAUUGAACCAAUUGUCGAGCCAUCGUCGGUACAAUUCAUGGAAGAAGGAUCCGAUAACCAACAAAGCCUACAACGGCAUGAAAUGGGCUCCUUUUUGGACCGUGGCGAUGCUACAUUGAGGCUUUUUCUGUGGCGACGACUCCAGGACGCUUAUAGAAAAAUUGACUAUCCUCCAAAGGUGGUAUCCUGCUAUUUGAGGAGCAUAGAAACUGUUAUCAAAGAAUUACGGAGCUCGGGCUAUCUCGAUGAGCCUAGUGGGCAUCGUCAAGCAGCUCUCCUGCGAUGGCUAAAGUCGCUUGAUGGCAUUUUAAACAAAACUGUUACAACAGUCUUGCAGGAGUCCGACAAGGCCUAUGAAUGUUUUGAUAUGGAGCAUGUGAGGUCCUCGAUGUCAGCCGUCGCCUCUCUUCUCAGAUUGCUCUACAGUUUCGUUCUCUAUGAAGAUUCUGUUCGUGUUGGACAGGUUUCCGGUACAGACCUGCGAGGGUCGUUGGCAAAAUCUUUGGAAAGCUUCAAGGAUAAGCUGCGCGAAAUGUGGGUCCGUUGCUGGAUCUUGCUAUACACCCUGCUCAAAGAAGCCAUUGCCCAGAAUCAAGAGAUUUUUGACGAGCCUUUGGAGGAUCACAUUUACUACUUGCGCUCAGUGCACAACGCUCUCGGCAUUCGGAAACUUUGCAAACGAUCUCACAAGCAAUUUCUCAAGCUGGUCAAGUCUGAGCUUUUCGCAUUGGAUGUGAAACAAGACACAGAGGCCGACAUCUGCCAAAUCAUUUACGACGUCCACGGGGUCAAGUUGUGUUCGAACGACAGCCUACUCAGUGACCAUGGGUGCACUUCUGAAAAGCUUGACCGUUCGACGGCCGUCAUGAUGAUCGACUUUGUAAUGAAGCAGGCGCAGAAGAUAAACAUCAAGGAUUUGUCCAAGUCAGAGCUGAAAAAUACGAUUGAAAAGAUGCAGCAAUCCAUCGGAUCAACCAAGGCAUCACCCCCUGUGACAUAUAAUCGCCGCAUAUUCAAUGCCUACUUGAAAUCUCCCCUGAAUCCAUCCGAACUCGUUCGCGCCAUUCAAGGAGUGGCAGACCUGCCAUUGAUACCCGUACCGAGUCAAACCGCAGUUAUCGCGAAAAGUGGCUGGUAUUUCCUUUUAGGCUACGCGGCCUUGACCAAAUUUCGCUCACAGAAACGCCUGAACCCGGUUCCAACCACCGACCUUGAUGAGGCUGUUAGUUGGUUCCGACAGGAUUUGGAGCACGGGACCUCAAGAUGGGAGACUUGGUACCGGCUUGCCCAAACAUGGGAUUCAAAGGUCGAGGAAGAUAUUACAUGGUCCGCAGACAAAAUCAACAAUAAUCGGACGGAGUUGGUUACUUGGCAACGCAAUGCAAUCCAUUGCUACGCAAUGGCGGUGGCCACGGCCGCUAAGGCCGCUGAGCCAGAUGCAGAGACCCGAGCACUUCUAGCGGAUCUCUAUACGGAUUUCGGAAUUCGUCUAUACUCGUCUUCCAGAGAGCCCCUUUCUAUGGGGGCUUUCAGCGUUGCCGACUUCACUCGGCAUUACAACAAUCAGGAAAGCCAACAGAUGUACCAGGGACAACCAUUCAAGGAAAUGAGGGUUUAUGCUGCCUGGAGACUUGCAAGCUACCUUCUUAGACGUGCAAUAGUCGACAAACCGAGGAACUGGAUGGCGCAUUAUAUGCUGAGCAAAUGCCUUUGGAAAAUGUUCACCUGUGAUGAUUCCGUGAGGGGCUCGGCGCGUCGCAUCAGCCUUGAUAGUGUCUUGGACGCUCACCUUGAUACUAUUGAUGCACUGCCGCAACGCAAGGACUCUCGGUCAGAACCGAUCUUUGAACCUCACUAUAAGCUUGUCUCGAUCGUGCAUAAGCUUGCGAAGAGAGAGAUUCUAACGCCUGCGGAAGCAUGCAAAACUCUACUUGCAACGCCCUGGGCUCGAAAGGUCCAGCCUUGUGAGGAAAUGGGGUCCUGGAAGAAGUACAUACUUGAGGUAAUUAAGAACCUCAAGAAUGCGGACAAGUCAAAUUGGCACCACCGCAUGGCCGUCAGGGCUGCACACAUUGUAUACGAUGACGACAAAGAUGCUACUGCUGCCACCGCCGCUAGGGGUGAACUAACGCAACAAAUAUUUACCAAAACCAUGACAAUCCAGGUCUGGAAGCCCGAGUAUGAACGUCCCGGUAGGCACUUUGUCUAUACGACGCGAUAUGCGUACUUUUUUGUUGCUCUGCUCGAUCAACUUGAUGACCGGGCCAACCUCGACCAAUUGCUCCGCCGGGUACGGAAAAAGCAAGGCGAUUUUAUCAACCAUACUAAACUAUGGGAGGAUAUGUGCCUCACUUAUGCCCGCGUCAUACGUAGAGCAGCUCAUAUCAGUGAGGGUCAUGAGGAGGGUGUCUUUAAGCCAAUUGGGUGGGACGAAUUCGUUGCAAAUACCGCUCGUCUAGAGGAGCUCUCGCAACUCGCUCCUGAAAGCUCAUCCCUUCUCGAGCUACUUCGAGACGCAAUUGAGCUGAAAAAGCUCAAUAAUAACCUAAUGAAAGUCGCUUCGCUCGAAGACUUAAUUGCCGAUAUAUACUCCCGUCUUUAUCAGGUGAACAUGCCCCAGGUCAUGGAGCUGGUCAACGAAGAAAACAAGGAAAAAAUGAAAGUCGACCACAUUCUCAUGACGACUGACGGGCCAGCCGACGUCUCUACCCCGCCAACCUCAGCUCCUGCCUCAGAGGCACCGGCGCCCCGAGGUCGCACGAAAGGAAUAGCCCGAAGAGACGUCCAAAAGCGAGCAGAGACAAUCGUCAGCCGCAAAGUUCCACCUCGUGCACCUACUGCCAGAGCCCCAGCACAGACGGAAGCCGAUUCAACCGGUGGUACAACCUCCGCCGGUCCCAAAUCUAUGGUUGAGAUCACAGUUCGGCAGCCAACCGCGGAAGAAGGCGGUUCAGGCCAGCAAAGCGACAUCCCCAACAGUCUGCAUGAUAGUGCUGAUGACGAAAGCGAGCUAAGCGAACUUGAUGAAGAGAAGCUUUCUAAACUCGGUACUGAUCCUAAAAGGCUUUUCCCUAAUCUUCACGAAAGGGCAUCUGCAGAUCCGGAAUCUGAGAUGUCUGCUCAGGUUAGCGUUGCUGGAGACGCCGCAAAUGAUGACGGCGGAGAGUUGGAUGAAGAUGAGAAGGAUGAGGAAGGCGUGACUGGUCAAGACCCCGAUCUUGAGCUCGGGGAAGGCGAGGGUGAGGGCGAGGGUGAGGGUGAGGGAGAAGGCGAAGGUGAAGGGGAAGGGGAAACCAUGAAUGAGGAUGGUGAUGAACCUGGUGAAGGCGAGGGCGAGGGUGACGAGGUCGAAAUCGAGGAAGAAGCUGGGGGACACGAAGGUGAAGAAGGUGACACUGUUAUGGAAGGCACCGAUGCGCCUGAACAGGAAGGCGCGGAUGGGGAGCAGGAGAACGAGGCCGCUGAUGAAUCUGGGGCCGCAGCGGCCCUUUAAGUGGAACAGUCAUUGUCAUUAGAAUGCGGGCGUUUUUCCCCCUUCUGUUUUAUAUGCGUGGGUCAUGGGGAAAGGUCUUGUACUAUUAUUAUGUUUUCCAAAGUACGUAUAGGGUUAUAGGCGCUCAGGUAUGGAAAGGCUGGGUAUUUAGGAAUGACCGGCUCUAAUAGACAUGUAUGUGUUAUGGGUAUAAGCGUAACAUAUUAAAAUAAAAAACAUAUCGGGAAUCAAACAGCCACCUAAGAUGCACCAUAAACUCCUGGGACAUGGGGAAAACAAGAGACAAUUGAUUGUUCAGCAGAACAAAAUACCAAAAAGCUCUAGCC